AUGGCGUAUUCUUUGUAUUUGUCGAGUUCAGCGAGUUCAAUAUCACUCGGAACACGCCAACGAGUCUGUAAACAAGAUGUCGACUGCUUGUUGAAAAGUAAUUUAUCAAGAAAUUUGGAGCAGGAGCCGAAAAGUAACGAUCGUGGAUGCGGCGUGAAUGCAUUACGACCGAAAAUUAUCGGAGGAAGGAAAACAGAGGUUGCUGAAUUUCCCUGGAUGGCAGCUUUAAAGCCGUUGAAUGAUCGAAAAGCGAUUUGCGGAGGAGUUUUGAUCACAGAUCGACAUAUUUUGACAGCUGGCCAUUGCGUUGAUGCCUUAAAACCGCGACAAUUGCGUGUUCGAUUGGGCGAACAUGACUUCACGAAGGACAACGAAACACUUACGCGGGACUUUGGUGUCAGCGAGAUCCGUGUUCACAUCGAUUUCAACCCCAUCACUUACGAAAAUGAUAUUGCCAUCAUAAAAUUACGCCAAGCCAUAUCACUUUCUGACACAAGCAAAUACCAAAAUUACAUAUGGCCGAUUUGCAUGCCAUCCAUUGAUACAAAUUGGGAAAAUAGCGUUGGCGUUGUUAUAGGUUGGGGAACUCAAUUUUAUACGGGCCCAAUAUCGCCGGUGCUUAUGAAGGCUGACGUUCGAAUCUGGAAUAAUCAGGCGUGUCAAGAAGUCUAUAAAUCGAAUAAAAUUUAUGAUACGGUGUUGUGUGCCGGCUCAAAUGGAAGAGAUUCGUGCCAAGGCGACAGCGGAGGUCCAUUAAUGGUCAAACAAUCAAACGAUCGAUGGGUUGUUGCCGGAAUUGUUUCCUUUGGUCUUCGUUGCGGCGAGAAAAAUCGUCCUGGAAUUUACACAAGAGUUGAUUCUUAUCUCAAAUGGAUCAUCGAAAAUGCCGUUUUUUAA